UCAGGAACAAACUAACGACCGUAAAAAGUCGCCAACACUAGGCGUGGAUUUAAAACCAUGCCUGUGCUAGUUGUUUACUGAAAAAGAGAAAGCGAAUAACCUUUUUUUUUUUUACUUUCUGUGUUGUUUUACUAAGCCUCCUCCUGUCAGACGUGAGACCGGAAAUCUCUUGUCCCACUUUGAUGAGGUAUAAAAUAGGCAACACUCCACUGAUGAGGUUAUAGUUUGGUGUAAAGAUUGGCAUUCGACGGACUUCCAAUAUCACGAACACCGAACAUGCGGUCUUUGACAUCCGCCGUGUUGUGCUUGCUUUUCCUGGCAGUUAUGGCGUAUUCGGCAUCAGCACAAAUUUCGUCCGCUGAAAAUGAUCCAGAAGCAAAAAGCCAAUCGCUAUCGGCCGAUCCAAGAUUAUCCAAAAAAACCGCAUUAGCAAUUCCGCACUAUGGUGGAGGUUACGGAGGGGGCUACGGAGGAGGCUACGGAGGGGGUUACGGCGGAGGCUACGGUGGUGGGUACGGUGGAGGAUACGGAGGCGGAGGUAGCUCUAUUCCUCCGGUAUAUCCGCCGUAUCCCGGAGGAAGCUACGGUGGCGGUGGAAAUAAUUUCGGCUAUAAUUACAAUGGAUAUGGUUACUAUCCGCCCAUAAAUAAUUAUGGAAAUGGCUAUGGAUACAAUGGCUAUGGUGGUUACGGUGGCCAAGGCGCUUAUGGUCCCGGUUACAAUAUCGGCUACGGCGGAUACGGUCUCGUAGGAACCGGAACAUACGGUAUUGGCUAUGGCGUUAACGGUGUCAGCGUAGGUGUUGCAGGCUGAAGAGGUGUUCGAUUUGUUCACAAUUUGUAUCCAUAAUCAUAGUUGUAUCCAUCAUCAUAUACCAAUAUAUAAACCUCCAAAAUCA